UAAAAUGUAGAUACUUUUGAAAUUGAAGUAAAUUUAUACAUAGGGAAAACUUAGGAAUAACUUUUUUAAUGUUGAGUUUGUCAGGGAAUAGUCAAAUUUAAAUAGCAUUGCUCCACAACCCUUAUAAUGGAGUCUGGAAUCCUUAUUCAAUCAUAUCAGGCACAUCCACAAAUAAAUUUUGAACCAAAAUACUGGAAUAUUCACAGAUAUUCCUAGGAACAGAACAUGGUGACCUUGUAAUAGAGCACAAACAGCAACUUCUUGAAUACAUUUCACUAACAUUUGAAACAGUGUGUGAAAUCAGCUGCUUUGUUUCAUGAGACUGCCCAGUCCCUUUCUUUCAAGACUGUUUGAGUUUUUCUUCACACAAAAGAAAGUUCUUGACAGAUAGGAUGUACUUAAACUCUCUUACACUUUGAGCUACAACAGAAGACAAUCAUUUGAAGAACCUGGGACAAGUUUUUAGGACUGCAUGAAGGAUGUGUUCCUGAGAUUGAAAUCCUGGAAGCCUCAAGAAUAUGUACCACUUCUUUGUUCUUAAGUAUGAUAAUUUUAUCUUAGUCAUCAAGUCAUUUAUCCAAGGACAAUGCCAUAAUGUGUGUGAGAUGCUGUAGCAAAGAACCGUAUUAGGUUCACAAAGAUGGAUACAAAGAAUGCAAAGUCACUGUUGGAUCUCGCUAUACAGAGUCUGCUGAGAAAUGAGUCUGUGGCAAUCCAGGCUCUGGAGGAUAUACCAAGACUCUUUUUUGUUCCACUGUUCAUUGCUGCCUUCAAGGGUGGGCAUAAGAAUAUAUUGAGUGAGAUGGUGAAAGUGUGGCCCUAUUACUGUCUCCACAUUGGGUCAUUAACUGUACAGGAGCCUCAACAUGAACUCCUGAAAGCCAUGAUUGAGAAUCUUCCAGUGCGUCCUUCAAGGAACUCUGCUUCUAGGAGACCUAAACUGAGGAUCCUAGAUUUAAGGCAAGACAACGACUAUAGGACCACAUGCCAUGAAGUCAACAUCAAGGAACCUUUCUGUUUUCAUUCUUGUGCUUAUUCUGACAGCUCUAUCCUGAAAAUAGAAGGGCAGCAUGGUUUUGUAAAUCCAGAGUCCAUGGUUCAGUUCCCCAGGCCUGUAGAGUUACUAGUGGAUCUUUCCCUAGAUGGCUCCUUAGUGGAAAAGGAAUUUUUGGUUUUUCUUACAAGGAAAAUUAGGGAGAGUUUAGGGUCUUUGCACAUAUGCUGUCGAGAUUUACAAGUUGAUAAACUGUGUGACAGCAAAUGCACACUGAAACUUCUUGAUCUCAAUUGUGUUGGUCAAUUGUCAAUUGAUAUGGGUUCGCUGAGUGAUAUCACCAAUGUCCUUUCUCAGAUGGACCACCUAGAGAGCCUCAGUCUGUCUAAAGUCACUUUUAGAUCUCUGGGUGGGAAAGUCUUUAAAAAUUUCCUAGGUCACUUGCAACGUAUGAACAACCUUAAGAAAGUCAGCUUGUCUUCAUUCUGUCUCACAGGUCAUCUGGACAGAGUGCUCAGAGUCCUGCCACCUCGUCUGAAUUUCUUGUAUCUGACAUUCUGUGAUCUUUCGCACAGAGAUUUCAGAUUUCUGGCCCAGAGCCCUCAGGUCUCCCGCCUAAAACUGUUGAAUCUUAGCAACAACCCAAUGUAUUGGGAUGAUUUUGAGCCCUUUCAAACUCUUCUGGUAAAUCUCUCUGGUACUCUUCGCCAUCUAGAGAUAAAUCAUUGCCUUAUAAAUGAUACUGCAAUCUCUGUUCUUAUCCCUGCUCUGAUUCGUUGUACUCAUCUCCGUGUUCUGUGCUUUGCUUCUAACCCCAUCACAAUGCCUAUGCUUGUGACUAUCAUGAAUAAUUUAACACCCUUGAAGAAUCUAAAAUAUGUGAUUUAUCCCAUCCCUGUACAUUGCUAUGAACUAUGGCAUUUUCAGGGCAGUUUAGACCGAAGGAAGCUUGCUAUUGUACAACUACAGUUGAAGGUGAUGCUAGAGCUUGCAGAGAGAGCGGACAUGAACUGGAUCACUUACUUAGAAUAAAUAUCACAGUCCAACACAGUUUCAACCCGAUAUGUACUAUUUAAGUACUAAAUGUUAUUUCCUGGACACACACACACAAUAUAUAAGGUUCUUUACAUUGUAGAAAAUUACACUUAGGGAAUAUAGGUAUGUAACUGAUUCCUACACAGAAUAAUUUAGAAAAGAUGGAGGACUUUGAGAGUUCCUGCGUAUCACUGGUCUACUAUUGAUAUAUUUCAUUUUACUGACCUGAGUGAUGUGUAUUGCGUAUAAUACAGGAUGAUCAAGUCCUAGUUUGCUCUGUCUGUG